AGUCAACUAAUGAUACAAUAAAAACGAUGGAUAGGAACUCAAGAAAAAGUCACAAUGAUUAUUCGAAAAAACGCAAACUCUAUUAUUUAAGGAGGAUUGUGAAUGUGGAUGAUGACGACAGUGAUGACGAUAAUAAUGAUAAUGGAUUUAAUAAACAAUUGGGUGAUCAAAUUGUUGAUGUAAAUAAUGAAAUCGAUGGUGGUCGUGAUUAUGUUAACAAGUUACAUGAACAAUUGGAUGAUCAGGUUGUUAUUGUAAAUAAUCAAAUCGAUGGUGGUCGUGAUUGUGGUAACAGGUUACAUGAAGAAUUGGAUGAUCAAGUUGUUACUGUAAAUAAUGAAAUCAAUGGCGGUCGUGACUUUGAUAACAGGUUAUAUCAACAAUUGAAUGAUCAAAUUGUUAAUGUAAAUGAUGGAGUCGGUGACUAUGAUUAUGUUGACAGAUUGAAUGAGUAAAUAAAUGAUCAUAAGGUUGAAAGUGAAGAAGAAAGUGACCGGGAUGAAAGUGAUGAACAAGUACUUAAUAGAAAUGAAGAUACCGAGGAUAGUGAAAAUGAAACAGUAGAUGAUAGUGAUGAGGAAGAUGAAGAUAAUAUAAGGAACUUUGAUUAUGAGCAACUGUUAUAUGAUGGUGCUCCAUUAACUGUUAGUCAAAGUAUGUCUUUAAUAUUAUAUUUACUUGUGCGGCACAAUGUUACUCAAACUUGCUUGAGUGAUAUUAUAACCAUCAUCAACUUACAUUGUAUUCAAAAUAAUAAUAGCUUCAAAAAUAGCUUACAUAAAUUUCGAAAAUUUUUUUCACUUUCUAAGAAAGGGAAAGUAAAAAAAAAAAAACAUUACUACUGUGUAACUUGUCAAAAAAAUUUAGAAAACGAAAAUGAUAACUGUGAUGACUGCGAAUCUAGAAAAAGGCUCAUUUCAUUGAAAUUCCUGUCAAGUAUCAACUAAGAGAACUAUAUCGAAGAUCAGGAUUCUACGAUUGUCUGCAACAUCGUUUUCAGGCUCAUUUAGAAGAUAAUAAUCCAAAUAUUAGUGAUACGAAUAAAGAAAGUCUGUAUCAGAAAUUAACUACAAAUGGUUUCUUAGCAAAUAGAGAUAAUAUUUUCUUAACAUGGUACACUGAUGGCAUACCAGUUUAUAAAUCAUCAAAAGUAAGCAUGUGGCCAGUGUACUUAUCAAUCAAUGAAUUACCUUUCGAAGAGCGGACAAAACGAGAAAAUGUGUUAUCGAUUGGAUUGUGGUUUGGAGAUCAAAAGACUAAUGCUAAUAAUUAUUUUUAUAAAUUUUACAAGCAGUUUAAAAAUUUAUCUGAUGGUAUAAAUGUUACUUUACCAGAUAAUCAAAUCAUAGAAGUCAAAGCAGUGUUACUAAUAGAAACUUGUGAUCUUCCAGCUAAAUGCCAAUUUUUUAAUUUCACUUAUUAUAUGGGUGCUUAUGGCUGCCCAUCAUAUUUAUGGCCUGGAGAAACCUAUCGCCUGACAGACGAUGGUAGCUCUCAUAUGUCUAUCCAUACACACAGAAUCCAGAGGUAUGAACUUCAGCGAGAUGUAUUGCAUUUGCAGAAAUUGCUUUAAAUAAUGGUUCCCCAUAUAUGGGUGUCAAAGGUCCCUGUGCUUUAUCGAAGUUAAUGCCUGAUUUUAUCGUUAGAACUGCUAUAGACCAGAUGCAUUGUGUUUUAGGUGGCGUUGUAAAAAAAAUGUUAUCACUAUGGUUUGAUUCUAGCAACAGAAAUGAAGCGUAUUCAUUGAUUGAUGUCGCAAAUAUUAUAAAUAACAGGUUGGUUGUAUAAAACCACCUAGCUUUGUCCACCGCAUGCCUCGUACUAUUGAAGAUCUCCUGCAUUGGAAAGCUUCAGAACUUAAAAAUUGGUUUUUUUAUUAUUCUUUGCCAGUUUUAGAAGGAGUAAUGCAACGAGAGUAUUUUGACUACUUUUCACUAUUUAUUGCUGGGAUCUCUUUUUUAAAUUUAGAUUCAAUUACAAAUGGAAAUGUAAAUAUGGCAUCUAAUUUGUUACAUAAAUUUGUACGUGAAUUUGAAGUCAUGUAUAGAUUAAAAAAUUGUUCGAUCAACGUUCAUCUUAUUUUGCAUCUGCCUGAUUGUGUAAUUGCCCUUGGGCCAUUGUGGGCACGCGAAUGUUUUGCAUACGAAGAUUUAAAUGGACAAUAUUUAAAUGUAAUCAAAGGAACUCGCCAUAUUGAUUCCCAAACUUUAAGAUCACAUAAUCAGAAAUUAAAACUUCAAAGGUUUUUUGAUGAAUUGCUAGAAGGGAAAAUAAAAGAUUUCUGUCUAAAACGGAAAUAUAAUAAUAAAAUUUGUGAACGGCUCAAGGAAGGUUGUUAUACUAUCGGUUCUUAUAAAAUUUAUAAUGAUAAUUAUAUUAUUCCUGAUUUUGUUCAGCAAGCUAUAGCAAAUUUGUUAAUGCCUCAAAAAAUUCAAGAAUAUUUGCGUUUAUUAAAAAACUCUCAGCUCUACGUAUCUGAACGAUAUGGUCGAGUGAAGCAAACUUCAUCAUCAUAUGCUUUGUACAGGGAUCAUAUUGGGUAUCAUCUUUGCUCAAUUCUUUGCUCUGUGAAAUUAAGUUACUGUGAGUGUGUAAAUGAAGAAGGUUGUCUGAAUCAUCAAGUACCUAUCCAUCGAGCCAUUAUUCAAACCUUUUCAAGUGAAAGGAUUUUUGAAGUAAAAGGUGAUCAGAAUCUAGAAUACGGAAUUUCAUACAUUUACAAAUGUUUAAAAAUGAACAAUUUUUUAUCUAUGUCUAUUGAUCAAUUAAUUUCCGUUUGUUUUGAAAUAAAAAUUGAGGACGAUUUGUACGUUGCUAUAACUGUUAAUUCUAAUAACUCUGAAUAA